AUGAAUGGCACCCAAAAUACUCAACCACAUGGUGAAGAAAUCGAACAUCAGCAAUCCGAUGAUGAAGCCUCAUCUCAUGCGUCUGGCAAAAGUUGGACUGCCGAAGAUGAUGACUUGUUUGAUCAGUUAAUUUUGGAUUUGUCCAAUUCACUCCAAGCAAACCAUGAUGUUAUUAGUGAGGAUGAUUCCGAAACACAACAUGCUUCUGUAAAACAACUGAGAGAAGAAUUAAAUCAACAUUUUCUUGCUGAAUUAAAAGGAGAUGGAAAGCCUUCUUCAGAAAAUAACACACACGAUGAGAAAAGCGCUUCUGAGCCACAAUCCUCACUAUUAGAAAAUAUCAUGACGAAAGACCAGGUAUCGCCACAGCAAGAACAUAUUGAACAAAAAUCGACACGAGGCAAUUCUGAAACUAAUGCUCCGAAAGAAUCAUUUAGAGAAUGGUUAGAAAUGAACAGGAAAGUAAUUGAUUUAGAAAAAGAAUGUGAAUCCUUGGAAAUUUUGGAAUUGUUUGUUCAACAUAAGGAACAAGAGCUAUUGAAAAAAAUUAUUUCACACUCGAAUCAAGAUACUUCACUUGUAGAAACGUUAUUCUUCAGAGAUAGCAAAAGAAGAUCUACAUCCAAUGAUGGUUUAAAUCAUGAAAAUAGUGCAACAAGUUUUGACGAAGAUUCACAAAUACCUAACAAAAAAGAACUAUCGAAAAAUCACAAGUACAGAACCAAAGCUAAAUCUGAACGUUUUACGAAAUAUGUGCUAAUGUCGGCCAUCAAUUAUUUAUUACCAAGCUCUUCCAUACAUAAGCAUGCUAACAUCAAAAAGGAAAUGAUAUCCUCAUUAUCAAACGAAUCACAUCUAACCACAGGCGAUACUUCAUCUUCAGACGAAGAGGACAAUAUAAGAAUAUCACCAAAGCACACCCAAAACCGGACUAUAAUAACAUUUAACAUGACCUCUUCAGCCACUAGUGACUCAACUGUGAAGCAUAAAUCCAAUGUAAACGUGUACCCUACAAAUCAAUUUAUAGACAAGUAUCACGAAGGGGUUGAUUAUUUUGAUACUUUUAAGAAUGUAAUUGUUGGAGGUGACUUGGAAAAAGGAGGGUCUAUUAAAUCUGUGGCUCUCAUUGCAGAACAAAAUCUCCAAAAGAGAGUUGAAACUUUGUUUGGGAUUGACAUGUCGGAAGAAAGUUGGAUCCAUUUCAAAAAUUAUAUUCGAAAACUUGUGUUAGAUCACAACAACGAAGACAUCCUCACCACAAGGGGAGAAAACAUUACUCCUCUGAGCGAAAAAGAAACCGAGUAUUUGAAGGCGAUAUAUCCUCUUAACAAUAGCGACCCAUCAACUCAAGAAACAAUCAAAUGGGUUGGUCCUGUUGAGGAGUCAAGCAACAACAAAAACUCAACGAACACAAACAAUUCUUCAAGAGUGAGAUCAUACAUCGCAAAUAUUAGAGCUCUGAAAUUACUUUAUGGAAUAUCUGGCUAUGGAGAGAGCUUACUAUCCGACUCCUUUCCUCCUCUUUACUCUCCAGAAAAUUUUUCUAUUAUUUUUUCAACAGAUUCCACAGAUCAAGAAAAAAAGACAGCAAUGGAAAAUGAGAUCAGAAAUCUUGAAAUUAGACAAAUUAAUUCUGCUAAUAAGGAAGAAUAUCAGUAUAUACAGGGCCUAAUUGAAAAUUUAAGAGAAAAUUACUCAAAUAUUGCGUCAACUAUUUUAUCAAAACCUUUGAAGCUUUCCGAAGAACAUUGGAGAGAUCUCAAUGAACUGGUUGAAGAGAUGGAUCGAAAAAUUCAAGUAUGGAACACAAAAUAUGAAGAGCCAUCUCUUAUUGAAAUACCGAGUGACCAAUUUUCCAAGCCAAAGAUUGAUAUCAAAGAAGAUCCAACUUCAACAUUCGUGCCUUUGGAAAAUACCUAUAUAAAUCAAGUGACGAAUCCUACCUCAUGGAAGGCACCUCUUACAGCUUCCAAUGCCCUAGAAAUCGAUAACAGAGAUCUUUCCAAAGGGGAGAUGGAAGAAAUUAGAACCCUUAUCGCAGAGAAGGGUUUUUCCACUGAACCCCUGGCGCAAGGUGACAGUAUGACCUUUAAAAAAAUCGAACAGCUCACUAGGAAAGACACAGAAUGGCGCGAUAUUGACGAGUUUACUGUACUUCCAUUCACAAAUGAACAACAUGUUUUUGGAUCCAAAAAAGAUCCUAUCAAAGAGAUGACACUUGUACUGAAGAAGUUCAAGAAUGGAGUUUAUAAUAGUGUGAAAGGGUUCAAAUUUUUUGGAGUCUCGCCGAGCGAUAGUUCAAGAAAGUAUGACUGGGAAGUUGGUACGAGAUUGAAUGCCGAUGAAAAAGCACUGGUUUCUCCAUAUGGAAUUAACUUGGAAGCGUUCUAUAACUUUAUUAUCCAAAAGACCCAUCUCUCCACAAAACAUGCCUUAACAGAAUCAAAGAAAAUUGCCAGCUUUUUCUUUACAGAUCUUAAUAUUGAUGAAGAAAAACAGCCAUUGAGCAAACUUGGAUCCAAAAUUAGAAACAUGUAUCACACCAUCAUGAAGUCGGAUUCCUCAAUUGGAACCAUGAUUUUGAACGCUCUGAACAACUCAAAGUUGCGAUCAUACUACAUGUUAGAUAACGAAAAAAAGAAAUGGAUCGAGAACUCAGAAAAUAUUCAAUCAGAAAAUGAGCAAAUGAACAAUUUAGUGAAACAGGGCAUUACAAAGGAAUCUCAAGAGUCAUACGAUACUGGCUCUACGUACUACUUACAAAACACAUUUCAAAUUGAUGAAAAAAUUUGGGAACCAAUAGACUUGGUGCAAUUUGCUGUUGGAACCGAUGUUUUCAAGAUUGUGGAAACUCUCAAACGUGACGCCAUGCAAGACGCAUUCCAACAGUUGAAAAAUUCAGGCAUCAAUAUUCCCCACAGUUGCACUGUGGAUGAUUUUAUUUCUCAUGACACAUCGAACGCAAGAGCCAUCAAGAAUAAGCUUCUUCUUCCAAGAGUGCACGAAAUUAUUCAAGAACGAUUUGAUAAGCUAUCAUUAAUGCACCUGGAGGGCUCAAUAUUACAAAUGGAAUCCGAACUUGCCUCCAAAAGCAUUUCAGGAUUGGAGCCAACAGACAGUGAAAAAAAGGAUCUUGCACUUCUAAAAGAAAAAUUAGUGAAAGAAAGAGAACGAUUGAAACACAUUACGGAACCAACAUUUACCAUCACUCCUUUGGAACAGGCCAGAUUGGAACAAUUGGGUAUUUAUCAACAAUCGCUUAACGCCAUUACUGUGAAAUCUGCCAAAGAACAAGUGGAUAGAGAGAAAGAAUUGCUUUUGGAACGAGAAUUUAGAAUUUUAGAUCAAUUAUUGGAUCAAAUGAAUAGAGAGCAACGAAGAGAAUUACUAUCGAUUCGAUCCAAAGAUAACAGUGCAUAUUCAUUACUUCAUCAACACCAAGAGGCAAUCAAAAACUAUGCCAGAUUACGAUCAUAUUACAAUCAAAUUGCAAGAAAGGACUCAACAUUGAGGGAGUGGCAAUCUCUGACGCUCAAAGAAAAGAUAGCUUUUGAGAAAGAGUUCAAAAAGCAAGCAAAAGGAGAGUAUGAAGAUAUCGUACACUCUGUCACGAGAAUGAUGCAGAGUAGCCAGUUCGCCGAGACGUUCUCCUUUAUUGCAUCUGGGUUAGCGAAAAUGAUUGCCGAUAAGAAGAAGCAACAUACCGAGUUGGACAAAGCUCUUCUAGCAUCUUUAGACAAUGAAAGACAAACAUUGGCAAGCUUUACAAAAGAAUUUAUCAUCAAGAACGGAAUUGAUCAAAGAUAUAGAGCUAAACAAUUAGCCAAGUUUCGAAAGCUCGACCCAUCAGAAAAACGAUUGCGAGAAAUGUACAAUUAUGAAAAUUAUGACUCUUCAAUUUUGUCACAACCCUUAUCGAAUGGCCCAACUCAAAGCAGAUCAAAAACAACUUCUGAAGGAGACUACUCCAAAACAACUCACGAACUGAAACUUGUUGAAGAAUUAAUUUCAAACGAAUUCACACAAGAAGAAAUUCAAUCAUUGGUUUCACAUCACAAUGAGAUACAACACAACCUGAAAAGAGAUCGAAUUCAUUUGUUGAACAAACAUUCCUCGAAACCUACAGAUAACCUUCUCGUCAUUCAAGACACAGAGCAAGAUCCAAUCUUUAGCAUUCUCAACAUGCAGCCACGAGAAUAUUUGACAUGGGCGCAACAAGAACUUUUCAGAAAAUUAUUGAACACUCAAUUUUCAACACUUCUCACCCAAUGGCGAAGUAACACUGAAAAAUCUGUUGCACUCACCGUAUCUCCUCACUACUUGAAGAGUCAUGAUCAUCCUCUCAGUAGCAGCCAUAACUCAAUCAUUUAUGACUAUGACCGAUUGGUUUCCCUCAAUCAUACGAUCAUUCCAACUCCACAGAAUCAUAACAAGACAGAAUUGAGAGAUUCAUCGCGAAUGGACAAGUCCACUCUCAUUUCUACUCUUCAAGAACCCAUCUUUCCUGAAAUCAAAUGGAAAGGCAGUUACAAAGAUUUACAACUUGUCUACCUUAAACUUCAACUCGAACGUUCACAUCGUCCUCACUACAUUCGAUCCAUUCUCGAAUUUCACAACGCCAACACACCCGAACGAUUUCUUCAAAGAUCUUUCUGGAAAGGUGUCUGGAUGUUACCCGAAUCAUUAUCAAACUUUAUUCACACCUCUCAGCCACCUCCCAUCCUCAAAUUACUUCCUCCUCCACCUCCUAAAAAAGUUGAAAAGAAACCCCCUGUUCAAAUCAAACCCACUGAACCACCUCCUGUCAUUACACCAAUCAUUCCAACACUUCCAGUGCCAACCAUUCAAACUCCACCACCUCCUGUGACACCAACCAUAAUUCCACCACAAAUGCCAUCCAUUCCUCGAAUGGUUGUUCCAGUGCAACGUGUGCCUCCUCCAACUCCAACACCACCACCCAUUCAACCUCCUUCACAACCUUCAGUCAUUCCACAGAGACAAGCUGUAACUGUUUCUCAAAAUCCAAUCUAUCCCAGAUAUUUGUUGAAUGAUUUGAAUCGAAGACUUUUUCAGUAG